UGUUAAACAUGUUUAAAACGAAACUUAAACAGCUUCAGCUAAACCUGUUUCGGAGGUAGUUUAGCUAACGUGUUUAGGUUUAAAAUAUCACGUGAUGCUAGCGUGCGCAUGGUCAAAGAUGCACCCCAAUGCUCUUCUCUUGUUUUGCCGUCUCUUCUUUAUCAUUUGGAGGCUCGUUGAAGAAGACCGUCUCAGAGAGUCUUAUAGACGACAGCAGAUAUUGUUGAGGGAAAGAUCAGAGCGGUUUUCUCGUUACCUUCAACGAAGACGAAGACUUGUAACUCUGUGCUGUUCUCUGGUGACCAGUAGACGAUCUCCAGUUGUCUGGUGCCAUGAGAGAAGAGAUAACUUUUGGCAAGAGACUGUUUGGCAGCACUGGAGGGAAGAAGAUUGGAAGAGUAAUAUGAGGAUGAAAAAGGAGACAUUUCUUUCUCUUUGUAGAGAUCUCAGACCUCUUUUGACAAGACAAGCUACUCGGUUUCGCAGACCUGUUGGAGUAAUGAAGAGAGUAGCCAUUGCUCUCUGGCGUCUCAGUGGGACAUGUGAGUAUCGAACCACAGGACAUCUCUUUGGUGUGGGGAGGUCAACAGCUCACAGAAUCACACGUAAUGUUUGUGAUGCAAUUAUGGAGUUAAUUUUUCAAUCCUAUAUCAGACAACCAAGUAGGAGAGAAAUUCAAAGUAGCAUUGACGGCUUUGAAAGAAUUUGUGGUUUCCCUCAGGUAGUCGGUGCAGUAGAUGGGACACAUAUAGAAAUAAGGGCUCCCACAGAAUGCCCUGAGGACUACGUAAAUCGAAAAGGAUUUCAUUCCAUUCAACUACAAGCUGUUGUUGAUUCGUCUUUGCGAUUUACAGACAUUUUUGUCGGAUAUCCUGGGAGUGUCCAUGAUGCUCGUGUGUUUUCCAACAGCCCUUUGUUCAGAGUGCAUGAACAUACUGGAAUAUUUCCAGAGGAAGGUUUGAGAAAUAUAUGUGGUGUUGAUGUCAAUGCACUAAUACUUGGAGAUUCCGCUUAUCCACUAUUGCCAUGGCUAAUGAAACCAUUCCCUGAAAGUGCUAAUAUGUCAGCUGAGAAGAGAAACUUUAACUACAAACACAGUAGUACUAGGAUGGUUGUGGAGCGGGCGUUUGGUAUGCUUAAGGGAAGAUGGAGGUGCCUAAGCAAGUGUCUAGAUGACAAUGCCCUAAAUGCUAUUACAACUAUUAUUUCUUGCUGCACACUUCACAAUUACUGCCUAGUGCAACAAGAUGGAGUUGAAGAAGAGUGGCUGCAACGACGACCAGGAGAGCCUUAUUAUGAAUGUGUUGACGAUCAUGCAGGCAGAGUCAGAGGAAGAGCUCAUAUGAUAAGACAAGCUGUAGCUGAGUAUCUGAUGUGA